UCCAUAACAACUGUCUAACAGGGCGUUUCCAGAGAAGGAAGAUCAUGGCGCAUUCUCAUUAUCUUCAUCAUAUUCCUUCGUUACCAUCUUUAUCUGCAUCUCUCACUUCCCAAACUCCUUCGCUUCCCGUUCGGCGAUUACAGCUCAAGACGCUGUCGUAUCAUGCCCCUUCACACGCCACUUUCAGCUCUUUCAAACCUCUUCAUUUUGCUCUCUCUGGAGCCCUCUCACUUGGGUUAUUAUUCGGAGGAAUUCGGGUGGCCGAGGCUGCAAAAGUAGGUGUGAACAAGCCGGAGUUGCUCCCCAAAGAGUUUACCUCUGUCAUUGAUGUUGCUGGGUUCCUCUCUGAUGGACAGGAGAAAAGAUUAGCAGCAGAGAUUGCUGCUCUUGAAGCAGAUACCGGAUUCAAGUUAAGGGUUUUGGCCCAGAACUAUCCUGAUACGCCAGGUUUGGCUGUCAAAGAUUUCUGGCAGGUAGAUGACAGGACAGUUGUCUUUGUUGCUGAUCCCACAUUUGGUAAUAUUUUGAAUUUCAACGUUGGUGCUUCUGUUGAUUUGGACAUUCCACGUAGUUUUUGGAGUCGCUUGGCUGGGAAAUAUGGGAACAUUUUCUAUUGGAAAGAAAAGGGGGAAGAUGCAUCUAUUGAAGCAGCAGUAACGGCAAUUUCUAAUUGCCUGAGAGAACCGGUUGGGCCUAAUAAUUGUUCUGAGGUGAAUUAAUUUGCUGAUUAAUAUCAUUUUGUCGUGAGUUAGGUGUACUGUAUAGAAAGGAUUAAGGAUUAUAUAUACUUCAUUUUUAAGUAUAUUAUUCUGCAUCUUAUGUACUUCAUUCAUUGUAAAUACAUAUGAAAUCAUGAAAUGUAUUUCAUUCUAUAAAAUAGGAGAGGAUGAGAUGGUACAUCAGCAUGUUUUGUUAAUUAUAAUAGUUCAGUCUUCAGAUGGUGAAGAUACAUUGACUUCUAAGGUUUGAUUAGUUCUGACUUAUGGUGAUUUAUUUUCUGUUUCCUUAGAGAGUAGUGUCCCCUUGUGUCAUUGGAUGAAUAAAGUUAAACAAUAUAGAUGCGAAGCAGUCUUU